AUGUUAUGCGCACUUACGAAAGAAGUGUGGACGGAUGAAAGGAGACACAAUAAUAUCCUUAAGAAAAGCAUAUUUAAUUAUUUUUUUCUGUUUCAUUUAUCUACAUAUUUGUUAAGUUAUUUUUUUAAUUACACUUUUGAUUAUUACAGCUUGUUAGGAGUUGCUAGAGAUGCGACAGCAGAUGAUAUAAAGAAGGCCUAUAGGAACUUAGCCUUGAAAUGGCACCCAGAUAAACACAUAAAUGAGAAUGAUAAAAAGGCUGCGGAAGAAAAAUUUAAAGCUAUUACUGAAGCUUAUGAUGUUUUGUCAGACCCUAGUAAAAGAAAAACGUAUGAUUUGUUUGGUGCUGAAGAAGUUAAGGGAAAUAUGUCUAGUGACGAUGCAAAAUUUUUUAAUACAGGAGUGGAUCCAGCUGAUCUAUUCAAUAACUUUUUUAGUUCCAACAAAAAGUUCUCGUUUACAUCAGUUUUCGAUGAUGACUUCCCGCCAUUUUCGUCCUUCGUCCAUAACAUGGGUUCUAGGGGCACCCGUUUUUCGGGUCCUUCAGGUAAAAAUCAGGACAGUCAUAAAUCAGAAUCUUAUGAAGUAUCUCUUCUACUGUCCCUGGAGGAGCUGUAUAGAGGAUGCAAAAAGAAACUCAAAAUAACUAGAAAAAGGUUUAAAGGAAAUGAGAGCUAUGACGACGAUAAAGUGGUAACUAUAGAUGUAAAAGCGGGAUGGAAUGAAGGAACGACCAUUACGUUUUAUGGUGAAGGUGACCAAUCGUCUCCUUCGUUAGAACCGGGUGAUUUAAUUUUUAAAGUAGAAAUAAAAGAACACGAUCGCUUCGUGAGGGAAGGGAAUGAUUUGAUAUAUAAGUGUCUUGUACCUCUAGACAAGGCCUUAACAGGUUUUCAAUUUAGUUUAGAAUCUUUAGAUAACAGAGAAAUAAAUGUAGUAAUAGAUGAUAUUGUUACGCCUAAUUCUAGGAGAAUGAUUCCAAAGGAAGGAAUGCCUUCUUCAAAGAACCCAUCCAAACGUGGAGAUCUAAUAAUUGAAUUUGAGGUUAUAUUUCCAAAGAGCUUGUCUAGUGAAAGAAAAAAAAUACUAAGGGAGGUUUUAGCCAAUACAUUUUAA